AUGGCUUCAGGAGAGGCCAAGAAGCUGGUGAAAUAUCUACAAGAGUUGGGUAUUUGCAAGAAUCUGUUGCUGUUUCGCACUUUGGAGGAAAAUUUCCAGGCCUUUUUGACAGAUGUGAAGGUUCCAUCAGGAUUUGCAGAUAAUGAUUACAAACUGGAGCCACAUCACAAAACAUAUAAAUUCCGCCACAAAUUGGUCAAAGAAUUUAUUGAUGUAAAGAAAUCUGAGGAUUUUCGCCUAACAGAAAAUUCGCAUUCCAAACAGUUCUUUGAUGAUCUCAAAAAGUUUGUAGAAUUAUCAGAGAGUGAAGGAAGUUUUUCCGAUUUUGAUCUUGGGCAAACAGGUAGACUGCAGAAAAUUGAUUUGUUUGAGGAAAAUGUUAAAGUUAAAGGUGUCGUGGUAUGCAAAUUUAGUAAAAAAGCAAAGGUGUGUGUUUUGAUAAAAACGAAAGAUCCCUGCAGAGGACUAACUGGCAGUUUCUCACUGUCUGAAGUCUUUGUUGACCUUCGUGAGGAAGAUGACACUGAUCAUGAAGGAUUUCAUCUUAAACUGGCUGUGGGAGACAUUGUAGAAGUAAAAAAGUGUAGAAGAAAGGAGGGAACUGCAUUGGAACCAGAUAUAGUGACGUAGGUCAACAAAUUUUUUAAGUAUGCAGUAUCAUAGACAGAAUUGUCACAUAAGACAAAGCAUUGCAUGUAGUAAAUGCCAAGCCAAGGGUACUUAUGGUAGUGGAGAUAUAGGCUAGACCCCGGAAGGGUAUUCCAAAAUAUAGUGUGGGAUUUGCGAACCUUUUAGGGGAUAUGGGAUUUGGUUUUGCUACCAGAACAGGAAGUGGGAUUGACCAAACUUUGGGCACGGGAGCAGGAUUGGCAAAGGUAAAAACAAUGGUGAUGCAGUUUAUGUUGGAAGUUUAUUGACGGUGCACAAUUCUUCAAGGCUGUGCUCGAAGAAAAAUUGAAGGAUUAAGCCAAGGGUCUGUACCUGUGAAAUCCAGGGUGCCCAGAAAAUUAUUUCUAUGAAAAAAGCUAAGAUUUUCUGGUCGCCCGGGAGCAAGAGUUAGAUGCCAGAUGCCACUGGGUGCUGUAAGAGCACAGACUUGUUCUUUGUUUCUCGUUCACAAAUUGUGAGUGAUUAAAUUAUUGUGAUGUUUUUAUUGGUAAAUAUGGUCAAAAUGAUGGGAAUGCUAUUGAAUUUGUGCACCGUCAGGUCCACAAAAACAUAUAUCAAAGGAGUCUGAAAGGAUUCAUAACCAUUAUUAACUUAAAAGUGUGUAAACCAUUUAUCUUUUAUUUUUUCCCAUAUCUUGCAAAGGUGUUAUUCAUUAAGUGACACUCAAAUUGAGUCAUUUCUGAUGCAUUUGUCAAACUCUGCACAAGACAGAGGUUCAUCUGCAACUAUGAUUGAAAUCACAAGGUAUUUAUAUGAGUUAACACAAGAAUUGCAAUUAUUUAACAGUUCAUGAAUGAGGCUGAGUAUCUUAUGAAGAAUUAUGGAGAUCGAGGAGAAUGUAAUCCGUCGAGGCCAUAGUCCGAGGCGGAUAACACCCUCCGAGAUCUCCAUAAUUGUUCAUAUGAUACGAAAGCCAAAUUCAAUAACUGUUUUAUUAUUCAUUCAAAAUAUUUCCUAGUUUAAAAACAUAGCUAAAACAUGCUUACCUCCAUCGAUCCAUCGAUGUUCAGUUCAUCUUCGAUAGUGUACAUUUAGGUUUGUCCAGAUCCACAAAUAUUCUCCAAAUAGCAGAUGUCGCCCUUCGAGUUGUCUUCUUACUGUUCUUGCCAUGUUUUUAGCUAUUUUUUUGCCUAGUUCUUACUCUUGAAAUGAGUGAAAUGUCUGCCAUUUUUUCAAGUUCACAACCAAAACAACUCAACCUCGUCCCCAGGUCUUCUCGGUUAAUGGUGCCUUAACCUGCGAAAAUGCUGCAUUUUUGAUGUCAUUUCCUCGUUAAAGUCAAAAUUCUUCCAAAUUUGGUCAUCAGUAACUGGUUAUGGUGAAUUAAAUGUGUGCUUUUAGCCAAUCAGAAUCGGGGAAAUAUUUUGAAUGAAUAAUAAUGCUUUUUAUCCCAUCCUCAUCUGAACCAAAUGGACUCUUCUGUGUGUGACCAUGUGAAAAAUAAGGAUUGACUGUCCAAAAAUAAAAAUAAUAAUAGUUAAUUGAUAUAAUUUAAUUAUUUUGAAUAUAGAAGAAUGAUCAAAAUCUAACUGUAUGGACAUAUACUAGAGGUUUGGUUAUACAAUUAACAAAUCUCUGUCAGCUAAAACAAUCUGUGACUGGCCAGUUAAGUGCAGUACAUUGACAUUGUUCAUUUGGCCUGCCUGUGUUCUUGAAAUGCAUAUUCAAUCUACUUACACCUUUUUGUCUUGCUUAGAAUACAUCGUACAAUGUGCAGUUGAGGUUUCAAUAAAUAUGAAGUAGGCAGUUGUUUUUAGUACAGUAUUGGACUGUAUUGUUGCAAGGUUUGACAGAAUCUUCUUUAUGUUUCCUCUUUAGGUUCUCUGCAGCCUGGGAGUACAUCCUUAAUCUUUCCAAGGAGGAAUACUCAGAAAAGAUGAUCCUUCAGAUUUUAGAAAUCAUUAAUAAGAUUGCCACAGUUGUUCCAGUGUCACUUACAGUCAGUGCAAUGGUUCAAGGAUUUCAGCAGAGUGUACUGUUUGGUUCAGUCCUUCCUGGUUUCAUAAAUGAAGUGACUGAUAGACCAAGCCAUGUCAGGUAUUUUUUUAAUGUUAAGAAGUACUUUUUACAUUAAUUUAUUGAAAUUUUUAGUCCUUUAACAUUCCUGUGAAAAGGGACAGCAUUCUCGACCCCAGUGCUUACGGGUUUGGGAAUGCACUGGCCGUCAGGCGCAGAAGAGCUCUGGGGUCGAGA